CUUCUUGUUCGUUCGACUUUGAAAAUCACAGAUUUCUUCGAAACUCACAGAAUUCAUUCCCUAUAAAAUGCAUCCCCAACUCUCUUACAAACUAACCAUUUGAGCACUUGAAGGAAGUCUGAAAAAACCUCCAAAAUCGCCUCCUAUGGAUGUCAAAGUAGAAACUCCAGCAUCUCCACCAACCAGCGGUGGCGAUGCAAAAACUCCCCUUUUAGACUCCCAAAAACCAGAUUCAACUACCACUCCCCAAACCAAUCAAAACUCUUCAAUCCGGCAAGCAAUCUGUUCAACAUUCAAGGGCACAGCCUACCUCGCUAGCCGUCUCCCUGCAGGAACAGUCCUUGCCUUUCGGCUCUUAUCUCCAAUACUUUCCAAUCAAGGCGAUUGCGACGUAGCUUUCAAAACCAUGACAGCUGUUCUCUUGGCUCUAUGUGCGCUUUCGUGUUUCUUUCUUAGCUUUACAGACAGUUUCAAGGAUGGAAAGGGUAACGUUUUCUUCGGUUUUGCGACAUUCAAGGGCUUCUAUCCCAUUGAUAGAACUGUGACCAUUUCCCCUGAAGAAGCUGCAAAGAAAAAGAUAGGUCCAUUGGAUUUCUUGCAUGGGUUUUUGUCACUGUUGGUUUUUGCGACUAUUGCACUUCUUGACAAAAAUAUUGUUGACUGCUUUUAUCCCACGCCUUCAGUUGAAAUCAAAGAGAUCAUUUCGGUGUUGCCUGUUGCAAAUGGGGUGGUCUGCAGUAUUUUAUUUGUUGCAUUUCCCACACAAAGGCAUGGAAUUGGCUUUGGUGCUGACCCAGAUGGUGUCAAAUCUUCGUAAACAAACAGAUUGGCUUGGGGAAAUUUGCCUAGAUUAUUGUUUUCCAUUUCAAUUAUAUCUCCAAUUAUUAUUGUCAAUAUGUUUUUGCAUGAUGAAUAAAUGUUGCUCUCCACAAUUGGAAAAUAUUGUAUACACCAAUUUUUUCUUGA